AUGUCUACUGUAUUCUCUUUUAAUUGGUCCAGGUCAGGAUGGCUGACAGGAUGGCUUCCCACUUGGUGUCCAACGUCUUUGUCCCUGCUAAAAGAAGCUGAGGAAAAAAUCUUAAAGUGUGUGCCCUGUUCAUACAAAAAAGAACCUGUUUGUAUAUCUAAUGGAAAUAAAAUAUGGACACUAAAAUUCUCUCAGGAUAUUGUACAUAAGACUCCGCUUGUCCUCCUCCAUGGCUUUGGAGGUGGUGUCGGACUCUGGGCUCUCAACUUUGGAGAUCUUUGUGAAAAUAGACCCGUGUAUGCUUUGGACCUGCUGGGAUUUGGGCGGAGUAGUAGACCCCAGUUUGGUAGUGAUGCCACAGAAGCCGAGGACCAGUUUGUGGAAACAAUUGAAGAAUGGAGGUGUGCCCUGGGUUUGGAUGCAGUGAUCAUGCUGGGACACAAUCUGGGUGGAUUCUUGGCUGCUGCGUAUUCACUGAAGUAUCCAUCAAGGGUGAAGCACCUUAUCUUAGUGGAGCCCUGGGGCUUUCCAGAGAGACCUGAUAGUGCUGAUCAAGACAGGCCAAUUCCAGUGUGGAUCAAAGCCUUGGGAGCUGUACUGACCCCUUUUAAUCCCUUAGCCGGCCUCAGAAUUGCAGGACCCUUUGGCUUAAGCCUUGUGCAACGUCUAAGGCCUGAUUUUAAGAGAAAGUAUGCUUCAAUGUUUGAAGAUGAUACUGUGACAGAAUAUAUCUACCACUGUAAUGUACAGACGCCCAGUGGUGAAACUGCCUUUAGAAAUAUGACUAUUCCUUAUGGAUGGGCAAAAAGACCAAUGAUCAUGCGGAUUGGGAAGAUGGACCCAGACAUUCCGAUUUCCGUCAUCUAUGGAGCCCGAUCUUGCAUAGAUGGCAAUUCUGGUAACACCAUCCAGUCCCUAAGGCCACAUUCAUAUGUGAAGACUAUAGCUAUCCUUGGUGCCGGACAUUAUGUCUAUGCUGACCAACCAGAAGAAUUCAAUCAAAAAGUAAAGGAGAUUUGUGAUUCUGUGGACUGACCCCAGUCAGAUCUCAAUGGACAAGCCUGGUGAUGGAUGCAGUUCCUCAGCAAUAACUUAGAAAAUGUGAUGAAGAAUAAGGAAACCAACACAAAGAAACCGAACAAUCCUCUUGAUUCUUAUUUUGCACAUUUGGCAUUUCUUCCAUGAAGUCACUUGCACAUUUAUAUCAGAUAGUGCCUUUUUGGAUGGGAACCCCUUUUUAAAUAGAAAUUUCUUUUGAAAUACCUACAGAAAGCUCAGAAACUAAUAGAUUUAAAUAAAGGGUUUCUUGCCUCCCUGACCUAGUGGAAAUACUGUAAUUUUUUAACUGGAACAUUUUUUCAAAUAUAACUUUGCUAUAUUGAAUACUUUUGAUAUUGGAAUCUACCUUUCCACUAUAAAGACUUUGAUAUAUCAUUGUGUUAUGUAUUAUAAAUGUGCAAUUUAUUUUAUUUAUGUCUUCUAUGAUUAACAUGUGUUUGCCCUUGGGUUAGCCAUGUUCCUUCUCAACAUGUUGAGAAGUAGAAAAUUUUUGUAUCAAAAAUUCCCACACAGUCCUUGAUGGUAGAAGUAUUGUGACAGACGGGGAAGCUUCUUAGGAAAAGGAAGGAAAGGUCUGAAAGGAAGGAACAUUGAACCGGAGAAACCAAGAAUGAAGGUUCUAUAUUUCUUAUUUUCAAACCAGUAGGCUGGUAGGUCAGAGACUUUGCAGGGAUCCAUCUCUUUAAAAUUUGCUAAAUCCAUCCUGAACACAGUCUUUUGUAAAUUAACUCCUCAUGGAAGCCAUUGUCGAAGACAUUAAAGUUAGCACCUAGAAAAGGCAUUGUAGGGCCAUCUGACCUGGCUUUCAAAUCCUAUCACCAGCAUUUUCUAGCUGUGACUAAACUUACUUUCUCUGAGCCUCAGUUUUUUCAUCUAUAAAAUGGAGAUAAUAAUACCUGCUUCACCAGGACCAAUGUGAGCAUUAAAUGAGAAUGUAUGUCAAGAGUUUGAUCAAUCUUAUAAAGUGCAAUAUAAAUUUGUAUUAUUCUAAAUUCCUCUCAAGACAGGAGUUUAGUACUUCAGUACUUGGAAGUGCUAAAUGAUUUCCCUGUACAACCUGUUUUUGUUAUUUUUGGAUCCUUAGGUAUAAGAUGUUACAUUAAUUAAAGGGUGCAAACAGCCUACUCUCUUCUAACAACUAUCCUCAGAACAGAAGAUUUUCUUCACUUGGAAUAGCAAAGGUAUCCAUCUUAGAACUCUAUGGUCUUAUGAUAGGAUUGGACUAAAUGAUACCAAAUUUUCACCAACAGUUCUUAGUGCAGCCCUGAAAAAUAAUCAGCUGAGUUCUUGCCUAUGAUAUGGGAUCAGGGUGGAUCUAGAUUUUUAAAAAGUUAUUGAUUAUGGCAUAGGAAUACUUUUUUAAACAUCUAUAUGUAUCUGUGUAUGUGUCUAUAUGCACAUAAACACAUGCAUGACUGUGUUUAUAUAUCCACACAUGUAUAUAUUUUUGAAACCCCAUGACUAGCUGCUACAGAUGACAAUACUUUCUUGCUAUGGUUUUUAAAAACAUAUUUUCAUUGAAAAUGAAAACUAGGACUAUAUAAUAACUGGUUGCCAAAAUAUCUCUUAAUGGGAAACAAAAAAACUGGGGAAGAGUUACACUAGAUGAGACAUUUGGGUUUCACUUGUAUGUGGUAUUAAACCUUUAGGAAAGGUAAAUUUAAAUAAAGACUCAAAAAAUACAGUGAAUGAUGCCGUAGUGUGUCUGGUCACUUUAAUAAUGUCUAUAAUAAUAAUUAAGUGUUGGGUUGUACUUCCUAGGAAAAAAAAACUAUUCUAUUUUUCAUCUUUAAUAGGUGAGUUUGGAGUAUAAUAAAUGACUUAGUGAUCAGUGGUUUCUUCCACUUGUCAAAUAAAGUAGUUGGGUACAAGUAGGGGAUGAGACAUUUUGUUUUCAAGAAAAAUCUAAUAGAGGAUUAAUUACUAUUUUGAAGUGUCAUCUUGGAUUUUCAGGUUACAUUUGUAGUCUUGAAAGGGUUGUUUCUUUGUUUUUCAGGUUUUGGGUUUAUUUUUAGGACUUAAAGACCAUGCCAAAAAAAAAUAAGACUUUAUUAAACUUUGCCGUGUGAUACCUUACUAGUUAAAACUGUAACUAUAAGUUUUGGCACUUUGGAAUGAAGCUGAAUAUUGCCUUUGAGGGCAGGAACUAUUUGACAUUUGGGGAUAUUUAUUCUUGGAUUACUUGUUAAAUGGAAGUGAUUAUGUGCAAUCUGACUAAAUUUGUUUAAUCUUUUGAUGUUACCUUAAACUUACCCUCUUUGCCUGAUAUAUAUAAAUAAUUACAUAGAUGCUUUUUUCUGUCAAAGGCAACCUUGAUUCCCUGGAUUUCUUUUAAUGAUUUUUGAAAAAUUGUAGAUGUGAAGAGCAUAGGACUGGAAAAGUGGAAAUGUCCCCAUUUUCUAAUAUAUUUUGUCUCAUUAAAUCAAGUAAAACAUA